AUCAUCAGCUGAAGUGAUGCUGUGUAAAGCGGUCCUCUCCUGCGCUCUGCUCCUCGCAGCUCUGCAGCCUCUUCUCGCACACCCCAUCACACAGUUGGCUGGCAUGUCCUACACGGGGCCUGUAUCAGAGGAGGAGCAGGUGAUGAGUCCAGACGAGAUGUCGUACUCUGAGCAGGCGUUUCUGUCGCAGGGGUCAGCGGGAAUCGGCUUCCCUUCCUUCCUCACAGGAGACAACAGCAGAGAAGCUCUCAGAACAGCCGGCUUUAUUCCCAGCCAAGUGGUGAAAGAGGUGCUGAUAGAAAAGCCCUGGUUGAACCCACUCAGCCGUGUCCUGGGUGGCAGGAAACAGUACAGGAAGCGAGGGGGAAACUCUGAGUGCUUCUGGAAGUACUGUGUCUGAAAAUAAACACACACACGCUGCACAUGCAUGCUUACAGGCUGUCACACAUGCCUGCAUAUACAAUGACCUAGAAAAGACUGUGUAUAAGUAGACUAUCAGAUACGACUUUAUUUUGUACAUCUACCUUUGGCACAGGUGUAAAUAGAGUAAAUAGUGUGUAUAACAAUAUAAAUAAAUCUAUGUUUCAAAAAUGGUUGUCUACUCUUCCUUUCUUUGUAAUGUAUUAUAUAUAUAUAUAUACACACACAUGUCGCUGUGGUGUGA